CAAAAAUGAAUUAAAGAAAAAGAAAACUGUGUUGUUUUUUUCCCCAUGAACACAAACAGAAAAUGGGAGAAAAACAAGAUCCUGUGAUGCGUUUUGCUCCAUUAAUAUUUAUAUAUCUGGAUAUGUCAUUAGAGCUGCGUCAGACAGCAGGUUAAUCAACAGUCGGCUGCAGUAAAGCUGUCAGGCAUGACCUCCCACUCCACCCAGUAACCCCACCUGCAGGAGUUUGCUUCUGCCGAUCAUUUGCUGAGCGGCCGCCAUCCGUGGAGGAUCAUGGCCAACGCGGCGCAUGAUAAAGGGCGGACAACCGUCUUUUACUCCAACAAAGAACAGAAGGAGGUGUACAGGAUCCCUUCGCUCCUCUACGACGGAGACAGAGGCGUCCUGAUGGUUUUCGCUGAGAGGCGCCAAACGUCCAACGACGCCAGCACGGAGGAGCUGGUCAUGAAAACCGGACGUCUGCUCCAACAGGAAGCGCCUCCUUUGAUGAGCGUGGAGUGGUCAGAGGCUAAAACGGUGGUGGACAAGACGCGUCUGGGUGGUUAUCGUCCCAUGAACCCCUGUCCCGUCUACGAAAGGAACAGCAAAACGCUUUUUUUGGUUUUCAUCAGCGUGGAAGGAACCACGACAGAAUCCUGGCAGAGGUUCUGGGGCAUCAACAAGGCCCGUCUCUGCUACGUCACCACCAAGGAUGGCGGCCAAACCUGGAGCGACGUCACCAAUUUGACGGAGAAGCUGCCCCAGAUUAAGAAGUGGGCCACGUUCGCCGUUGGGCCGGGCCACGGCGUUCAGGCGGAGAGCGGCAGGUUGAUCGUUCCCGCUUACGCCUACGGCUCCUGCUGCCCUUCGUGCUUCUGCAUAGCGUGUUUCUGCGCGGUUCCUCGAGCGCUGAGCCUCUACAGCGAUGAUCAGGGGCGCACCUGGCAGUUCGGUCAGCCGUUAGAAACCAUAUCCAUCGAGUGUGAAAUGGCAGAGGUCUCCGAUGAUGGCGGAAACCGCUACGUCUACUGCAACGCUCGCACUCAGGGCGGCUUUCGGGUGGAGGCCCUCAGCGACGGCGGUGGAGAUGACUUUGUCACCCUUCCGACUGCUGACAAGCUGGUGGAGACGGGCGGGGGCUGUCAGGGGAGCGUGGUUUCCUUUCCAGCACAGGUGGAUGGGGGGGACCCGGGUCAGGAACCCCGCUGGCUGCUGUACUCCCACCCGAGCAGCAAAGACCGGCGGACCGAUCUGGGCAUCUACCUGAACAAGUCACCCAAGGACCCGAACAGCUGGAGCAGCCCCUGGAUCAUCAACCAGGGCCCCAGUGGGUACUCGGACCUGGCCUACAUCGACGGGGGCCGGUUUGCCUGUCUGAUGGAGCGCGGGACAGAAUCGGUGGUUGAGCAGAUAGCCUGCGGCAUUUUCAGCUACUAUCAAAUCAAGAAAGGUCUUGAAGAGUAAAUACUUUUGUUGCUCAACAAAAUAAUCUGAUGAUCGUCUCUGAAGAAGCUCCUGCACCUCCUCACUGCACCUCCUUCACCCAGCUUACUUUUCCAAACGUUUUCCUGAGUCCUGCUUCUUCAGCUUGUUUCUCCUCCAGACACACCAGGUUUAUAGCACCUCCUCCCUUUGAUAAGUCCACCUGCCUUCCCUCUGAGUGAACCGUACCAGAGUUCACCUGCAGGAGAACACACACCCUUCUUCUCAGAGUCCAGGUGAACUUUCACCCCUCCAGAACCAAAUCAGACAUGGAUCAGACCAGAACCCAACAUGGAUCAGACCAGAGCCAACAUGAAUCAGAACCAAACAUGGACAAGAACCAAACAUGGAUCAGAACCAAACAUGGAUCAGACCAGAACCAAACACAUUGGUGUGAAUUUUGUUGAGGACUUUUUAAUAAAAAGUCAAAUUUAGAGCAAAUCUAAAGAAGUGGAACUGAAAAAAAGCUCAAAGAUUAAAGGUGAAACUUCUGACCAAUAUAAUAAAUAAAGAACCAAAAAGCCAAAUUUGUCUGUUUUUCCAUUAUUCUUCCUGGUCAGACAUUUUUUUUAACUCAGUUUUCCAUUGAACAAAGACUUGUACCGAUAUUCUUGUGGGACAAAGUCGACUCGGGCGAAGAAACAAAUGAAACCAACCAAUGAUGUGAAGAAUGUCAUCUGUGUCUGAGAACAGAAGCGUGUGACGUCAUCCCUCGAUAACGGUUUACGUCCGUCCCUGAACAAAAGAAGUCAAUUCAGUCGCCUCGAUGGAGCAAGACGUCGUCAGCAAGCAGUGAUUGGUCUGGAUUUCUACGGCAACCACUCUCACCAAUCAGGAGUGAGCUUGUUGGAAGGCAACACUCCUACCCCUUGAAAGUGAGCUGCACAAAAUCUGUCAAAAGUGUUGAACGUUGGGGUCAGUAGGCUCCAUCUACUUUGAAUCAAGGCAUCUGAUUGGCCAGUUUAUAACAUGAAUAAUUUGAAAUAAAGAAAAUUAUAAAAUAUUGAAGAUUAUAAAAAACAUGUAAAGAACAAUGUGUCAGAGCCAGAAUGGUUCUUUUGAUGAAUUAAAUGACGGAGUAACAGCUG